UUGGUUUGGCUUUGUCUCAUUGUUAUUUUUGUUUAUUUUAAAAGAAUUCCAAAAUUUUCCUGAGAUUUUUUUGUUUUCUAGGCCUUUUCUUAGCCGAAGUAUGGACAGGCUACGGCGUUCAAUUCGUCGUUCAUUCCGAAGAGGUGGUGGACAAGCCGGGCAAGCCCUAACAAGCUCAGCAACAGAAGGGCACCCAUCCUCUUCAACAAAUCCCCAACCAAGUGGAAAUGGAACUAGCGGAGUUGGUGGAACGUCAAAUAAAAGUUAUUGUCAUUCAGAUGAAGUUGCAGUACGUUCUGCAGCUUGUUCUUUUCCAGUCAAGUAUUUGGGCUCUUGUGAAGUGUUUGAAUCACGAGGCAUGCUUGUGUGUGAGAGUGCUUUGCAGCAUCUUAGAAACCGUAAAAGACCGGUCAAAGCACUACUUUAUGUGUCUGGAGAUGGAAUUAGAGUUGUUGAUCAAACAAAUAAUAGAGGGUUAAUUGUUGAUCAAACUAUAGAAAAAGUUUCGUUUUGUUCUCCCGAUCGUCAUAAUGAUAAAGGGUUUGCUUAUAUAUGUCGGGAUGGGGCAACAAGGCGUUGGAUUUGUCAUGGAUUUCAUGCAACUAAAGAAUCGGGAGAGCGUCUUAGUCAUGCAGUUGGAUGUGCUUUUACUGUUUGUUUGGAAAGAAAACGAAAAAGAGAUGCUGAAUCUGAGGCUUUUAAGGAUGCCCAAGCAUUAAAAAAUUCAUUAAAUAGCCCUACAAAUCAAAAAUCUCCAAAUAAUUUCAAAUUUUUUGAUCAAACUGAUCAAUCGUCUUUGGCUAGAACAAAUCAAGGAUAUCGUUCUUUUCGGCAUUUAAGUAUUUCUGAACGUCGUUUGGAUCCCCAAAAAGCAAUUCUCGUUGAACAAGAAAAGAUAAAGCCAAGUAAUUCAUCUUCCGAUGUGUCAACAAGUAAUAGUUUGUCUUCUCCAAUUGGAGGAUUUACAGCAACACCUAGACCUUCAGGGAAUCCUUCGCUUUUUGAACGAUCGGUUAUUUUUUUUACAAAUUUUUAA